AUGGAGGCCGUGCGCGCGUCGGCGGCGUGGGUCGCCAGUCGCUCCUCCCAUGUCACGGUCGACCUGCAAGAAAUUGAGAAGGUAGUGGACCAAAUCAAGGGGGAUGUUCCAAAAGUUGAGUGGGAUUUCGAAGGAAUUCACUACUUUGACAAUGGGCCUCUCACGGUCCAGUACCUUUUCGUCUUGGAUGCACUUAACUUCUGCUUCUGGCCAGAUAAGGACUUGAGCUAUGACCAUUUGGCUUCUGGACUGAAGUUAGCCUUGGAGAAAGACAAAAAUGCCCUUGAUUCAGAUCGUCUUCAGAAUUACACUGGGCCCCAGCUCCGCCAACUUCUGAACUGGCCACGACCACUCCCAAUUGAGGAGGAAAGAGUACGCCUUCUCCAUGAGGUUGGGCUGGAACUUGAAAGAAGCUUUGGAGGCCAGGCUGCUAAUCUAGUGAAGUCUGCUGAAAACUCUGCUGCAACUCUUAUUGAACUGAUUACUCGACAUUUUCCUGGUUUCCGGGAUCAUUCACUUUACAAGGGACACCAGGUUUUCCUGUACAAGAGAGCUCAGAUCUUUGUUGCUGAUUUGUGGGGCGCCUUCAAGGGACAAAACUAUGGCGAGUUCCAGGACAUCAAUUCCAUCACCAUAUUUGCUGACUACAUUGUUCCAGCCGUGCUGAGGGAGCUUGGCAUACUCAAAUAUGGCUCGAAUCUAUCUUGCUCGAUCGAUUCGAAUAGUGAGAUAGUGCCUGGAAGCGAGGAGGAAGUGGAGAUUCGCGCGUGCUCCAUCUAUGCAGUGGAGAAGAUGAGGGAUCUGAUUGGCAAAAAGUUUGGAAAGCAGCUUCUGAGCAUUGACAUUGAUCUCUGGCUCUGGUCCUGCGGCGUGCAGAACAUGGCGCUGUCACAUCACCGCACCCUGUCGAUUUACUACUAG